AUUUAAACAAGUAUUAAAAAAAUUUCAAGAAAAGAUUCUUAAACAAUAUCCAAGUCUGGCAUGUGUAUAUUGUGCUAGAUUAUUAUAUCCAGAGAAAGCAAAAUGGAUUGUUUAUAAUCAAGAAAUAAAAUAUCCAAUUGAAGAGGCUUUUGAUAAUUUUCAUUUGGAGUUUCGUCUAAAUACAAAACCAAAAGAAGUUCCCAUAUGUAAAUCUUGCCAUAGUCAAAAAAAUCACAAAAAUAUACCUCAUCUUUGUCCAAUUCCUACUGAAAUUGAACUGGUUCCUUUACAUAAACGAAAAUAUCUUUCACCAGCAUAUAUUCAUUGUUCUUUAGGAAGAACCCCAGGAAGCAAUCCUUUUUCAGAAUAUAGAAACUUAGUUGGGGCUAUGGGUUAUUCAUGCAACAUACGUGCAUUAUCAUUAUAUACAGGGACAGUUGGAGCAUUUCUAGAACCUUCCAAUAAUAAUCAUGUUUCUAAUGAAUUGAUCUUUGAUGAAAACUUAAAGAGUGCAGCAGAUUGGUUAGCUGAAAAAAAUCCUUAUAUAAAAAGCUUUUCAAGACAAGCAAAACAAGCUUUAACUCUGACACAAAAUACUAUAAAUGAAACAUUCCCAACAGCUACUCAUGUUUCUGAUGAUGAAUUGGCUCCUUCAUAUUUGUCAAGAGACAUAAUUAUUCAGAAUUAUAAUUUUCCAGAUGAAGUUCAUAAUGAGGAUUUUCAUUAUGAUAAACUAAUAA